AUGACUCGCUCAAGCUCUACUACCACCCGCUUCGGCUCGCUCGUCCCCUUUGCCGAGCCCGCCGCCAUCAGGGACCUCCCGAGCCCUUACUACAACGAGUCGCACCACCAGCUCCGCCGCGCAGCCCGCAAAUGGGCCGACGAGUACAUCAUGGACAUCCCGUUCGAGUGGGAGGAGGAGACAAAGACGGUCGACCCGGCCGUGUACAAGGCCGCCGCAGACGCCGGCAUCGUCACCUGCCUCGCCUGGGGCACCCGCAUCCCCAAGAAGUGGGCAAAGCCCGACGGCACCGUCUUUGGCGGCGUCAAAGUCGAGGAAUGGGACGGCUUCCACGACCUGAUCCUCAUCGAUGAGCUGCACCGCAACGGCUCGCUCGGCGUCGGCCAGGGCCUCUUUGGUGGCCUGCAGAUCGGGUGCCCGCCGAUCUACCACUUUGGCUCGCAGGAGCUCCAGGACCGCGUCCUGCCCGACAUCAUGGCCGGCAAGAAGCGCGUCUGCCUCGCCAUCACCGAGCCCGAGGCCGGCUCGGACGUCAAGAACCUGUCGACCGAGGCCGUCUUGUCGGACGACGGCAAGCACUACAUCGUCAACGGCACCAAGAAGUGGAUCACGAACGGCAUCUACUCGGACUACUUCACGACGGCCGUGCGCACGUCGGGCAAGGCGGGCGACAUGGCCGGCGUCUCGUUCCUCCUCAUCCCCAACGGCGAGGGCGUCACGCGCCGCCGCAUGAACAUGUCGGGCCAGCACUGCGCCGGCACGACCUUCAUCACGUUCGAGGACGUCAAGGUGCCGGUCGAGAACCUCAUCGGCAAGGUCGGCGAGGGCUUCAAGUGCAUCAUGAACAACUUCCGCCAUGAGCGCCUCAUGAUCUCGAUCGUCGCGCAGCGCAUCGCGCGCGUCGCGCUCGAGGACUCGCUCACGUACGCGCACAAGCGGCGCGUGUUCGGCAAGCGCCUCGUCGACAGCGAGGUCAUCCGCAACAAGGUGGCGCACAUGAGUCGCGUCAUCGAGGCGCAGCAGGCGUGGCUCGAGUCGAUCGUCUACGCCUCGGAGCACCUCCCGCACGACCUCGCCAACCAGCGCCUCGGCGGCACGACGGCCCUCCUCAAGGCGCACUGCGGCAUCACGCUCGAGCUCGUCGCGCGCGAGGCGGUCCAGAUCAUGGGCGGCAUCGCGCACACGAGGGGCGGCGUCGGCGAGAGGGUCGAGAGGAUCAGGAGGGACGUCAAGGGCGUCGUCAUUCCGGGAGGCAGCGAGGAGAUCAUGCUCGACAACGGCAUCAAGCAGGAGCUCCGACUCGCCCUCGGCCUCGGCGCAAAGCUCUGAGCGCCUCUUCCACCGAGCCCGUCUCUCGACGCCAGCGCCUCUCUCGUCCUCUUCCUCCUUCUCUGGCUGUACUGUCGCGAUCCGCAAUCAAGUAGUGCUCUCGGUC